GAAGUGGGUACGCGUGUGUCUGGCUGUGCAUGGGUGUGUGCAGGAGUGUAACACGCACACACCCUUCUUCCUCCCUGACUCCCUCUGUCUCCUCCCUUCCCGCACCGCCCUCCCGCGCCCCCCAUAGAAGGCUGAAGGAAGAGUGAGCCUCUCCGCCCGCCCUCCUUCGCCAGCACUGGUCCAAUCUGUGCCCCCCCCAUCCCCCCGCAACGAGGGAGGGGAGUGGAAAGCGGUGGAAGAGGAAGGGGGGCAGACUCGAGUGAGUGGAGCGAGAAGCACUGAGGCGCCGGGGAGAGCGGAGGAGACGAUGCCUCGGCUCCUCGGGAAAACUGGGCUCCUCCUCGGCUUUGUCCUGCUCACGCUGCUGCUCCCCGCCGGUAGGGGGCUGCCCCUGAGAAAGCUCCGAGGACCCGAACCCGGCCCCCCGGGGCCCCGGGACGGGAGCCACUCCAAGCCAACAGAGGUUUCUACCUCACCUGGUCCCAGGUUACCCCAGGAGGAGGCACCACUGUCCUCCCAGACCAGGAACCAAGCCGGACUACGUCGACAUAAACGCCUUGACAUAUCCCAGCUGGUGACCCCAACCCUUCAAGGCCCAAAGGAUGGUGAACCCCCUACUACACAGGAAACUUCUCCCUUCUUAUCGGAACUGCAGAGCCUUCCAGGAUUGGCUGACGUAGAUCUCAGUGCCCAAAACCCCAACAUCCAGGUGACCAUUGAGGUGGUAGAUGACCUGCAGGCUGAGAUGGAGAUGGACUUGUUGACAGAAACCAGUGAUUACUGGUCCUUGGGCUCCCCCAGCUGGCUCCCUGCCAAAGAGCUCUUCUGGCCUCUGUUUUGGGGCUAUACAGAGGGUGAGGAGGGAGGAUCUGGGCCCCAACCAGAGGGAAAAACCCUCAAAGAGGAAGAGGGAAAGGAGGACAAUGAGGAAGACUAUGCAACAGAAUAUGAGGAGGAGGAAGAAGAAGAGGAAGAGGAAGAGGAAGAGCCCGUGUUGAGUGGAGUUGGAAGCAAUUGGAAUCAGAGGUGGCCGACCCCAAAGACCUGGGAUUUCAUGGAGAAAUAUAACUAUGAUUAUGAGGUGGAAGAAGAAUGGAGCCGCUGGUCCUCUUGCAGUGUUACCUGCAGCAGUGGCACCCAGAAGAGGACUCGCUCCUGUGGCUAUGCCUGUACAGCCACAGAGUCUCGUAUGUGUGAAUUGCCUCGAUGCGCAGGAACAGAAAGCAAGACGGGCUUUCCCAGUGAGGACUGGCUGCCUGAAGUCCACAAUGACACCCAGAUGCUUGGCUCAGAUGUGGACAGCUGUGAGAAGUGGCUAAACUGCAAGAGCGACUUCCUGGCUAAAUACAUGAGUAAGGUGUUGACAGACCUGCCCAGUUGCCCAUGUGCCUACCCUCUGGAAGCUGUGUACAGUGCUGUGAGCCUGCCAGAUGAGCAACAAGGCAGAAGCUUCCGCUGGAGGGAUGCAAGUGGCCCCAAGGAACGCCUGGAUGUCUAUCAGCCGACUGCCCGCUUCUGCCUGCGCUCCCUCCUCUCUUUGGACAGUACCACACUGGCUGCCCAGCACUGCUGCUAUGAUGAAGGCAGUCGGCUGCUGACUCGUGGGAAGGGGGCUGGUGCACCUGACCUCAUCAGCACCGACUUCUCCCCAGAGCUGCACUUCAAGGUGGACACGCUGCCUUGGAUCCUAUGCAAAGGUGACUGGAGCCGCUACCAUGCAGCACGACCCCCAAACAAUGGGCGGGCUUGUGCUGACAACCCACCUGAGGAUGAAUACCUGGCCCAGUUGCAGGAGGCCAAAGAGUAUUAACCAGAGGGUCAGGGAGGCCCAAAAGAUGGAGGAUGGAUGAAUGCUUGGCUUUGUCUCUGUGGCUGGGCCAGAGGCGAUGGCGUACUGUUGGCUGCUUCCUAAGAAUGUCUGGAAAAGGGUAGGGUAAGAACACCUCAUAAUUGGGGUAUUUGUGCCAAGGUGCUCGAUGGGGGAAGGUUUUCCUGGGCAUCUCUGAUCCUUGCAUGUUUCCCCCCAGUUUAGUGGAGUGAGAAGUCUCACUUCUCCGUUGAUUGGCUUCACCUGUCACUUUCUUGUUUGGAAUAUGGAAGGUGAAGGAAGAGUGUGUGUGUGUGUGUGUGUGUGUGUGUGUGUGUGUGUGUGUGUGUAUGAGAGAGAGAGAGAGAAACAGUGAGUGAAGGGUUGGUCUUAAAUCAGCUCAUUCUUGGGUUCUGAGUGGAGAAAAGAAGGGCAUGUCAUUCAAAAAGCCCUUAAUAGCUCUGUGGGUUCAGUUCUCCCAUUCCCCAGUCUUUCUCACUUGCCCCACUGCAAGGAGAUUUUUGUUUUGAAGGCCGUUUUCCUCCCACUCCCAGGAUCCUGUGUCCUCAUCAUAUCUGUUUGGACACAAGCUUUGGCAUAACCAUCCACCCAAAUUCCAGUUUCUUGGGAAGAAGGGUUGGGAGCUUAAGUCUUGAUCAAUAGAUCUUAGGAGUGCCUCAGCUGAACUAGAGAAAAGCACCUUCAUCCCCAGUAACUCUCUGAGGAUCUGAGGAUCAUAUUGAGGGUCGGUUUAGGACUAGUGACAGGAGGACUCAGUCACUCAGAUUUGUCCAACCCCAUGUCUUCCUUCUCUUUUUUAUGAGCUGUCUGAGCAAAUAGGGCUGGUAAACAUUAUUGCCACUGCCAGACAUCCCUGGGACAGUUACUUUGGGUUCAGCCAGCUGUAAUGGGACACAUACCUCAUUCACUCUCCCCACCCCUCCCCCAAGAGUCUGGCUGAGUACCUCACUGCCACCACCCUCCCAUGUUCCCCAAUAGGGUAAUAGACUAGAAAUUUACCUCUAGUGUUUGGGGGGGGGGAAAUGCUGUGUGGGCAUCUGGACAAGAAGAGUAAUGCAAGAUGCCAGCCAUCUUGAGGCCACAGAAUGCUUGGGAUACUUGGGUCAAUACUUUCUUAGUCUGCAUCAAAGCAAUCCCACAAAGGCAUUAAUGGCUUAAAGCAGGUAUAUGGCCUCAAUUUGUUGGGAGGAGGAAAGGUGAUAAGAGCUGGACUGAUUGGAUUAGGGCUAAGGGAAUGCUACCAGACUGGGGAAGAGAAGAGGAUGUUCAUGCUGAUUCCAACACCUGCUCUCCUUCCUAUUGAUAUUUUGCUCCCAGCCCCACUCCCACAAUGGGAAUGUGAAGGCCUGAGUGAUGAUGUGAUUGUAUGUCAGAACAGAGCAGGAUUGAAAAAGGGUGGGUGUUAUAGCUACAAAACCUGGGAUGGGGCUAGAGUUGACUUCGAAUGGUGUAAAAAUCUCUACUGCAUUCCCAUUCCCCUCCCCAUAACUAAGAGCCCCUCACUUCCUGUCAUCUUACUCCAGCUCUGUGAUGUCCCUCUUUCCCAUACUGGGUUGCAAUGUCUUGUGGCUUCUAUUUGUGGUUAGUUAACUUGCUUUAGUCCCAGCUGUCACUUGUUACCAAGUUCUUUGGAGGGUAGGGAAGAGGGCAAAGGAGAUUCAAUGAGUUGCAAUGAGAUCCUUUUGGCUCUUCAGCAAUAAAGCACUUUAUUUCAACCACUGCCUGGUAAAGCAGUAAGCAGUGGGUGGUUGAAGUGGAUUUGAACAGCCUAUGGGCCUGCCUUGUUAAGGCUCUCAGGAGGGCACUGAAAGGAAGCGCUCAUCAUUAAGGGUAGCCUAUGCAAGCUUGGGAUUCACCGUACAGGGAGAUGUGGGCAGUGGGGAACAAUCCAAAGGCAACUGGCUAUUUGGCUCCUGAAGCCCUUUUUGCACUUUAACAAGGAGGCAUGGGAGGCAAGGGGAGGCAGACACCAGAUCGCCACACAUGUAGCAAUUUCAUCAAAAUCUGACCUAACACACUCAACAGGGCAUUUCUUUCUUUUUAUAUAUUCUCUAUUCAUGUGUAUUUGAAUCAUGCAAAUGUGCAACUUGAUUUCCUUUGCUGCAUUAGCGAGUACUCACCCAGGGCAGCAAUGGUACUUGCCUGGAGUACCCUCAGUCUUCUCAGCUGCCCCUACACCUGCUCCAACUUAGGCUGGGGUGAGAGGAAGGAAUGUCGGCUGGCAGGGCUUCCACUGGCCCUGUAACAUGACCUACAAAGUGCCAGUCCAGAUAUGUUGGGAUUGCCUCUCCGAGUUCUUUCAGAAGAUCUUAUGAGAACUUUCUAUCAUCUAUGACUGAUAAUGGGAACCGGUGUCUCAAGGCCUGUCUUGCUCCCCUGUCUCACUUUUGUCUUCAUUUGAAAACUGACAAUUCAUCUGACUACUAAAUUUUGAGCCUGGCCCCUAUAUCCAAAGCAAGUGUGUAGGGGACUGUUCUAGAAGCCAAAAAAUAAACCCCUAUUUAUGUAAGGGGUGGCUGCCCCCACUUCACAGAUCCUCUUGUUAGAGUAGGGCCCACUAAUAAUAACUAACAUUUAUAUAGCACUUACUAGGUGCCAUGCACUGUACUAAGCACUUUACGAUUAUUAUUUCAUUUGAUAGUCACAACAAUCCUGGGA